CCUCCCAUUCCAGUACCCAAUUAAUUAAUGUGGCCUGGCCCUUUAAGACUCUGCGCCGGGUCAGUAAGUGGUGUAGUGUUUCUCUAAUUGAUCUUCACCCAAUCAACAAUAACUCGUUAGCAAUCGCUUGCUUUUCUUGUUCCUUGAGACCUCUUUUUUUUUUCCUUGAAGCAAAACAGCCCCUGGACAGUGCUGUUAUACUUUCUAGAGGUCUUCAUGGAGUGUCUCAGAAGGACUCCGGCUUUCUUAAAGGGAAUACAAUACUGGUGUCUGUAAUGCUUCAGCUGGCGUUGAAGCAUGAUUUUUUUUUGGGGAAAAGGCAGUUAACUAAAGAGAACUUUUAAAGCCCUGAUAUAAGGCACAAGGAAGGAGAAGAACAGAUCGUUUCUUUUUGUGUUGGCAGGUUUGAAUUUCCUUUGAAUGCGAUACGAUUCGCCGAAUUUAGAAACAAACAUUUUCUUUGGGAAGUGCAAUGACCUCCACUAAAGAUAUGAAGGCAGGAACAGUACCGCAGUCCAGCAGCGAAGACAGGAGACGGGCCGGCUUGGAUCAGCUGCCGCCUCCGGCCAACCCCAACAAGCCGCUAACCCCCUUCAGCAUCGAGGACAUUUUAAACAAACCUUCGAUAAAGAAGUCGGCGGCCGCUCUGUGCCCUCCGAGGGUUUUGGAGAAAGUAAACGGCUCCAACACGCCCAGGAACGGCAUUACAACUCCGUCCUCUCCGCUGUGCGCGCUGGAGGAACUGGCCAGCAAAACUUUUAAAGGGCUGGAAGUCAGCGUAAUACAAGCAGCCGAAGGUCGUGAGCACCUGAACGCUUUCGGCCAGAGACAGGCCUCGAAAAAGCGAAGGAAAUCCCGCACCGCUUUCACCAACCAUCAGAUUUACGAGCUGGAGAAGCGCUUUUUGUAUCAGAAGUACUUGUCUCCGGCGGACAGAGACCAGAUCGCACAGCAGCUGGGGCUGACCAAUGCCCAGGUCAUCACCUGGUUCCAGAACAGACGGGCCAAGCUCAAGAGGGACUUGGAGGAGAUGAAAGCGGACGUGGAGUCGCUCAAGAAGAUCCCCCCGCAGGCUCUGGAGAAGCUGGUUUCCAUGGGAGACAUUGAUGACCCCCGAGGAAGCUCCAGGGCAGGGUCCCCCAGCGUUUCCCCGUCUUCACAGGGGCACGGGGUCUUCCCUCAGUCCCCCUCCUCAUCCAGAGACCAAACAACAGACGAAUUCUCAGAAGAAGACGAAGAAAUUGAGGUGGAUGAUUAAAACGAAAAGGCGGGAGGCGGGACAGUCGCUUUUGGAGCUCUGAACGGACACGAACAAUUAUGGGGAUCAAGUGUAAAGCGGAGGAGACUUUCUUUUCUUAAAUUAUUUAAAGGAAUGUACAAAGUAGUCUUUUUUUUUCUUCCUUAUCAGCAGGUUUUACGUUCAUGCAACUUUAAAGGUGGGGACGUUGAUUCCCUAUGAACCUUCCGCAAAACAAACCAAAACAACCCGAGGACUGAAAAUAGAGAAGACGUUUUGAAAAUCUGUUGGGUUUUUUAAAGAAAGCUUUGUCGUUUCUUGAACAGGUACAGAGUUAAGACUGAAAUAAGCUACUGCAAAGUGUGUAUGUAUGUCAUAAUUUCUUCAGCGUUUUGAGGGAAAUAGUGCAAUUUGUCAUUUUUUAUAUAUCCAUUCAAACCACAUAAUUUUGUUUUUUUUUUUCGCUGCUAACAAAACAAACAUUUGCCAGAUUAUGGCAUUUUAUAUUAACGGCUGCAGGUAAAAAUAAUUUAUGUUCCUGGGACUUGGAUACUUCUGUUUUCUUCGUAAAAAUACUGUUCAGUGGACAGAGAAAUUUAUAUGGAUGUUUUCUCUUGCGGCCCUCAAAUUUUAAAAAUGUGUGUUUACGAAAGCAGAAAAAAGCCCCGUUUAAUUUGUUUUCGUACAUGUUGAGCAUUUUAUUUCCUUUACGAAUUGAGUUGUAAUACAGAUAACCUUCUAUAAUCAGUAAAUUGUAAACAAGCACCUAUCACCAAAACGGUUAUUAUAGGCUGUGUAUAUAAUUUUAAAU